AUGGGGCCCCCCUUGGGGGCUCGGAGGCCCAGGGGCCCCUCAGAGGACCCUCAGCCUUCCCCGAAGCGCCGCUGCAGCUCCCCGGGGCCCCCUGCAGACGCGCACACCGCAGCAGCAGCAGCAGCAGCAGCAGCGGCCGCGCCAGAGCCAGCAGCAGCAGCAGCAGCAGCUCAAGCCGCCGCAGCAGCAGCAGCAGAAAGGGAGGCCGAGGCCAUCCCUCCCUUUUCCGAAGUGCUGCUGGACCGCCUCCAGUCCGGAGAGUACCUGCUGCUGCUGCUGCAGCACGUGCUGCGGCAGCGGCUUCGUGCUGCUCUCAGGGGCGAGCUGCACAGCAUAUCAUUAGGGGGGCCCCCGGGGGGCCCCCCGCGGAAGAGUGGGUUUGAGCCUUCCCCGCUUGUGGAGUCUUUGCUGCGGGGCGAAAGUGCUGCUGCUGCUGCACUCCGCGCCCGCAGCAGCAGCAGCAGCAGCAGCAGCAGCAGCAGCAGCAGCAGCAAGGGGGCUUCUGUGGAGGCGGUGGCUGGGGCCUUUGCUGCGAAGCUUAUUUGCUGCCUCGAACUUAAAGAGAAAAGCAGCGUUUUGGUUUUGGGGCCCCGCGGCUCCGGUGCAACAACAGCAGUUGAGUGCGCGCUGCGCUUCGUGCAGCAGCAGCAGCAGCAGCAGCAGCAGCAGCAGCAGCAGCAGCAGCAGCAGCAGCGGCAGCUGCUGGUGGUGCGUGUGAACUGUUCUUUGUACGCGAGCGACACGGCGAUCCUGCAGGCGAUCGUGCGUCGGCUGUGCGCGGCGUUGCAGCAGCGGCAGCUGCUGCAGCAGCAGCAGCAGCAGCUGCAGCAGCUGCUGCAGCAGGGCGGCGGCAGCUUCGGCGACUGGCUGCAGCGGCUGCAGCUGCUGCUGCUGGACUGCUGCUCGCUGCUGGGGCGGGCCGUGCUGCUGGUGCUGGACCGCGCGGAAGUUUGCUGCUUGCUGCAGCGGGAGCGCAGCAGCAGCGGGCAGCAGCAGCAGCAGCAGCAGCAGCUGCUGUACAACCUCUUCGACCUGCAGCACGCACAAGGCCUCCACAUCUUCACUGUUUGUCUUUCUCCAGUUUUGGAUUUAAUUGAUUUUAUGGAAAAAAGAAUUCGCAGCAGAUUUACAAUGCAAAAACUCGCUCUCUCUUCGGGUGUACGUACACCCCAGCUCCUCCGCUUCCUCCGCAGCAGCCUACUCGCCGUCGACGCCCAGCAGCUCCUCGCCCCCAGCAGCAGCAGCAGCAGCAGCAGCAGCAGCAGCAGCAGCAGCAGCAGCAGCAGCAGCGGCGGCGGCGGGGGGUAUGGGGGGGACUUGCAGAGGGCUGAGAGGUUUCUUAAGGCCUUCGAUGCUGCAGUCGACAAAGAAUUCAGUGACCCCAAAUUUGUUGCUCUGUGCGAGCGCGCUCUGGCUUUGGGGCGAGACGCCCGCAGCUUCAUUGUUGCUGCUGUGCAUCCGCUGCUGCUGCUGCGGCCCCCGCUGCCGCGUGCUGCUGCUGAAGCAGCAGCAGCAGCUUGGGGGGCCCCCGAGGCCCCCGAGGCCCUCUCGCCGCUGCACUCGCCUAUUCGGCAAACAGAGGGGGGCCGCAGCUGCUGGCAGCAGGAGCCUGCUGCUGCUGCUGCUGCUGCUGCUGCUGCUGCUUCUCCCACGCAAUCAGUACUGCGGAGGUAA